UAGCUGCAGCAGGAAGUUUGGGACCAGGAGCGAAUCCAGCGAUGGAGUCAGAGGCAGACCUUAAAACGCUUAAAUCCAGAGGCGUUUCGUCUUUACCGAAACACUCCUACUGGUUUGACUUUUGGCUGUUCGUGCUCUUUGACAUCGUGUUAUUCGUUGUCAUGUAUUUCAUCGUCCCGUAAAAAAAAGUUUGUCUCCUGGACUCUGGAGCCUGAAGACAUGGAGUGCUGGUCCUGUCCUGCUGUAAGGAGUGCUAACCAAGCUUUGACUGAAUUUAACACUGUGCUAUUUGAUAUAAAAUCUCAAGUUUCCACGGCUUGGACUACAGAACUGCUUUGAUACCAGAGAUUUGAAUCACAGAACUCCUUCCCAAUGUGACCUGUUGCCAGUUGCUGUAGACUGUCAUUCCUCCUGUGUGGAUUUAUACUGUGACCAUGGGGAAGAAAAAAAAAUCCUACAUUUGUAUUACUGAAAUGUGGCAAUGGCACCAUCAGGACUAAAAAAAUGUACCUGUAAUAUCACUGAAAUGCCAUUAUAAGUAUUAUCACCCAGUAGAACAGACCUGUUAUAUGUUACUCUAACAGAAUUAUUGAUAACAUGAAGUAAUUGUAUCACAGUGUUACAGUUUUGUGUCUCCAAAUUGUGUAAUCAGCAGCCAGGUCCCGGAAAGAAAAGAGAAAUCUCAAAUCUGAAAAUGUGUGUUUUGUCAUAAUAAGCCAUCUGAUAUUUUACUUAUGCACCUUAAAGAACUGUGUUGUUAUGGGGUGUGAUUCCAGCACACUAAAAUCGUUUUGCACAUGGAAAAUACUGCAAAUAAAGUGUUUUACACACCCGCUAAAUGACCACCAUUUAAUUUAAUUCACAGCUCAAAUUCACUGUUCAAAUUUCUGUUAUAUAAAACCUAAGUACAAUGCUACUCUUAGAUUUAUUGUGUAUAAUUUGUGCCUUUUUUGCCUUAGGAAGUUACCACUGUUGUUAAAUGUGUCAUCUCCUGAAGUGAGUUUAUAAUUUGGUAGUUAAUAGCUAAAAAUUGAGGUAACAAUCAUUAAUAAACUGUUCAUCUGACUUUUUUAUAAUUCAUUUUCAAUCUUUGCAAUGUGCACAUAAUCACCCUGUGCUAUUUAUGGCAAGUACUUCUGUAAUGCUACGAUUCGUUUUCGCUGUACUUGUACUAUAUGCACAUGACUAAUACUUUUAUUCUGAAAAUAAAUUACACGUGUUUCCGCUUUGUAAGGAGCUAGCAACAAAUGUGUUGUUACCUUGUGGUAGAUUGGUGAAAGUGACUUCAUAUUGUCUUAAUGAUGGAAACGGCUGACGGUUCCUCUCAGGUGGAAAACACAGAUGUAUUCCUGCCAUUGUCAUCACUGAGGCUGUUGAUCCCUCCUCUGCGGCUGCUUUCUGCAGCGAUGUGGCAGGUGGCUCAGCGGAGAGACGUCCUUGAUUAUGAAAAGCUGGAUGAGUUUGUGUCCUUGGUGACGGCCACAGUUCCAGACCUGCUCAGUCCAAAGCAACGAGGCAAACUGCUUCUCCAGCUGAGAUCGAAAACUAUUCUUGAGUUGUGCAGAAAUGAGGAAACAGCCAAUGUUUUGUAUAUACAGCCUCAUCUAGAACGAAUCCGCCCACCAGGAUACACAGGGAGUGGAGAUGCAGAGGUGGAUGCAGAGGAGGCUAUUUUCGUGGAGCUCAUCCAAACACUCCUGAAAGACCCAGCGGAGAGGGAGCAUUUUUACCAGGAGGUUUUUCCAACAGAAUAUGGUCUCAGCUACGACACAGACAUGCAGCUCCUUGUGUGGGAGUUUCUUUCCAAACUGGAGAAACUCCUGCCUGUACCAGACCUCGGUCAGACAGUUUCGUGGCUGACCUCUGCCCCCUCCGUGCUGAAGGACUGCGUGCAGGCGCUUUCCAACCCUGACGACCUGAGGUCUCUGCUGCAGCACCACAAAUGCCUUGAACACCUUGGCACACAAGGUACCACUGUGGAAAUGUCCACCCAGGUCUUUGCCUGCUCCGAAUGUCCAUUCUUCCACAUGCAGGAGUCCUACUUGCUGCAGCACAUUGAGCACAGUCACCCAGAGCACUACAGCAAAUUCCAGAAGGCUGUGGAGACAACUGAGGCCCCCAUGAAGAAGGUCCAGCGCCCCGAGUUCCCGAAGCCUUUCCCCAUCCACGACAGGCCUGACCCUCACAUGUGCCAGGAAUGUGGCAAAACCUUCACGCGUGCCUCAGAUGUGACUCGUCACCAGCGGACCCACACAGGUGAGCGCCCGUACACCUGCGAGGAAUGUAAGAAGGGCUUCAGGAACUCUUGGGAUCUGACCAGGCACCAGCGCAUUCACACUGGAGAACGACCCUUUCUCUGUUCCCAGUGUGGCAAACGCUUCACGCAGAUGGGUUUGCUCAAACUGCAUUUCGAACGAACCGCCUGCGGCCAGACAUGCAACCCUCCCCUAGACUUAACGACGGAGGUUGUAGUAGCAGAGGAGACAUCAGAGAAAGGCGGUGCUCGGUACAAAUGCCAGAAAUGUGGCGAGAGCUUCAGUAGCAUCCUGGAGCGGCUGAGGCACAGGCAGGGGCACGUGGUGAGGCGUCAGUACAAAUGCUCCCUGUGUGAGAAGAUCUACAGCCGAGCGUCAGAUUUAAAGAGACACCAGAUGAAACACACCGGUGAGCGGCCAUUUGCCUGUGAGUGUGGGAAAAGCUUCACCCAUGUGUGGCUUCUGAAUAAGCACCAGCAGAUCCACACCAGGGAGCGUCCAUACCCCUGCACAGAAUGCGGGAGGAGCUUCACACAAGUCCAGAUACUUAACAGGCACCUGCUGACUCACAACGGCCAGCGGCCUUUCCAGUGCUCCUACUGUGAGAAGAGCUUCACCCAGCUGGCCAGUCUCACACGCCACGAGAGAAUCCACACAGGUGAGAGGCCAUACGCCUGCAGCACCUGUGAGAAGACGUUCCUCACACAUGGAGAGCUGGGCAGACACCAGCGCAGCCACAGCAACUUCAGGCCGUUCAGCUGCUCACAGUGCCCCAAGAGCUUUAAAACCAAGCGUGCUCAGAGUGAGCACCUGAAUACACACACAGGCGAGCGGCCGUUUGCAUGCGCACGUUGUGGGAAGAGGUUUGCCAAGUCAACCUCGCUCGUCCGGCAUAACCUGACUCACACAGGGGAGCGACCACACCGCUGCUCUCAGUGUGGAAAGACCUUCCUCACCUCUGGUGAACUGCUCCUCCACAAACGGAUCCACACAGGAGAAAGGCCUUACCCCUGCUCCUACUGUGAGAGGAGGUUCAGGUGCUCCUCCGACCUGAACAUGCACAUCCGAACACACACCGGGGAGAAGCCACACGGCUGUCUGUUCUGUAAGAAGAGCUUCUCUACGUCUACGAGGCUGAAGAGACACAUGCGCACACACAUGGAGAAGGGCAUAGCUGUGGAAUCAUUUAAUCUUUGAGCUGUCGGGAGCUGAUGACAUAUUUAUUUUUACACGACGAUCGUUGUCAU